GCGCGCAGACGCGCCGCUGCGUGGGGACUGCAGGGAACUGGAGGCCGGUUGCUGCGUUUGGGAAGGCCAUGGGGCACGUCGCCGGGGAACUCGGCUUGUCGCUGCUGUGGCUGUGGCUGCUGCUGUGCAGCUGGGGGUGCCUCGGUAGCGCCGAGCUGCGGGCUCCACCGGAGAAGAUCGCAAUUAUUGGAGCUGGAAUUGGUGGCACUUCAUCAGCCUAUUAUCUGCGGCAGAAAUUUGGGAAAGAUGUGAAGAUUGACCUGUUUGAAAGAAAAGAGGUGGGGGGCCGUUUAGCCACCCUGACUGUGGAAGGGCAAGAAUAUGAGGCAGGAGGUUCUGUUAUACAUCCUUUAAAUCUGCACAUGAAGCGUUUUGUCAAAGACCUCGGUCUCUCCACUGUUCAGGCUUCGGGUGGCCUACUGGGGGUGUACGAUGGACAAACUCUGGUGUUUGAGGAGAGCAGCUGGUUUAUAAUGAACAUGAUUAAACUAGUUUGGCGCUAUGGAUUUCAGUCACUCCGAAUGCACAUGUGGGUUGAAGAUGUGUUGGACAAGUUCAUGAGGAUCUACCGCUACCAGUCUCAUGACUAUGCCUUCAGUAGUGUAGAAAAAUUACUCCAUGCUGUAGGAGGAGAUGACUUCCUUGGGUUGCUUAACCGAACGCUUCAUGAAACCUUGCAGAAAGCAGGCUUCUCUGAGAAAUUCCUCAAUGAAAUGAUUGCUCCCGUCAUGAGGGUCAAUUACGGUCAAAGCACAGACAUCAAUGCCUUUGUGGGGGCAGUGUCACUGACUGCUGCUGAUUCUGGCCUUUGGGCAGUAGAAGGUGGUAAUAAACUUGUUUGUUCACGGCUCCUCCAGGCUUCCAAAAGCAAUCUUAUAUCUGGCUCAGUAAUGUAUAUAGAGAAAACAAGGACCAAGCAGACAGGAAAUCCCACAAAGAUGUAUGAAGUGGUGUACCAAAGUGGAUCCGAGACCCACUCAGACUUCUAUGACAUCGUCUUGGUGGCCACUCCAUUGAAUCAAAAAAUGUCCAACAUUACUUUCCUCAACUUUGAUCCUCCAAUUGAGGAAUUUCAUCAGUAUUACCAACAUAUAGUGACAACUUUGGUUAAGGGAGAAUUGAAUUCAACUGUAUUUAGCUCUAGAGCCAAAGAUCAGUUUGGCCUGUCUACAGUUUUGACCACUGAUAGUUCAGACCUGUUUAUUAACAACGUUGGGAUUGUGUCCUCUGUAAGAGAAAAGGACAGUCCUCAACCAUCAACAGAUGGAACGUAUGUUUGGAAGACUUUUUCCCCAGAAGUUCUUACUAAACAACAAAUUUUUAAGCUCUUUUUGUCCUAUGAUUAUGCUGUGAAGAAGUCUUGGCUUGCAUAUCCUCACUAUAAGCCCCCGGAGAAAUGUCCCUCCAUCAUACUCCAUGAUCGGCUGUAUUACCUCAAUGGUAUAGAGUUUGCAGCAAGUGCCAUGGAAAUGAGUGCCAUCGCAGCCCAUAAUGCUGCACUCCUUGCCUAUCACCGCUGGAAUGGGAACGCAGACAUGAUUGACCAAGAUGGCCUCUAUGAGAAACUUAAAACGGAGCUAUGAAAUAACAUUCUCGUUUUUCCUCUCCUGGUUCCCCAUGAGUACCACUGGCAAAAAAAAAAAAAAAAGAAAAAAAGAAAAA